GGAUAAAGACCAGCACACCCUUUCUGAUAUCUGUAUAACACAAGCACUUGGUUGGGCUGGACCAUUAUUCUGUUCUUAGCUCAUUCUUCUCUUUGUGCUUCUUCCUCCGCCCUCUGUGCUUCUUCCUCCUACAGCGAGAAGAGGAAGAAGGUGGGCAGGUUACAGACCACUGGCGCGGCGCAUCAACGCUCGACGACGGUGGGUUCCAGGCCAUUGGCGACGACGACGGGUUGCGUCUUGGUCAAGGACCUUGGCUACUCAUCCACAUCCACAAACCCUAGCUUUUUGUGGACAAUGGCAGCCAAAUCGUCGACGCGCACCUCAUCCAUUGAUGGCUCAAUAAUACGGCGCUCCCGUGUUGCAGCAUCAAGGGAACAAUCUUCUCGCACAGGUGAGAAAAAUUUUGUUCAAGGUUUCAUCUCGUCGUCGUCUGCUGCUCUGUCAUUGCCAUUGGUGGAUUGUCCGGAUUGUGGACAACAAAUUGGUCGAUAUGUAUUCAGUAGUAGGGAUAAUCCGGAUCGAGUGUAUUAUAAGUGUGAAAACCACGGAGGGAAGCAUGGGCCUUGUAAUUUUUGGUAUUGGGAAGAAGUCUACCACAAGUACCUUCUUCAUCAUGGAUUGCUCAGAGGAGAAUUUAAUAAAGGGAAAAUCAAGGAAGAAGAAAGGUUCAAUGAGGAGGAAGAUGAUAUUGAGUGUUCAAAGAAGUUGAUCAAGCUUGCAGAUGGUUCAUCUGGAUCAACCAUCUCCCAUGUAUAGCAAUAGCACACCAAUCCACUAAGCAGUCUUAUUUACUGCUUCAAAAAAAAAAAGCAGACCUAUCAAAUCCUAUUCUAGAGUGAAAAUAAGGGCCAAGCAUUCCAAUGUAGGGUUUUCACAGCAACUAAA